UUAAUGGAAAAAUAAAUAAAUCAUUCCUCUCCAGCUAGCUAAUGAGGGCGCUAGAGAUCUUUACCGUACGCGUGAACGUUAACGUUGGUCUGUAUUAUUUUGGUCAUUAUUCCAAGCGCUAUUUAGUUGUUUCUCAGCAAAUGAUUAUUGCAAAAAAAUGUCUGAUUUAGACAUUUGUAAGUUGGCAUAUGAUGGCGAGUUUUCCGCUGUGAAAGAAAGAGUGGAAGCGGACAGGAGUGUGCUUAAUGAGUUGGACAAGAGUGACCGAACGAUUCUCCACUGGGCUGCGUCAGGCAAACGCUUUGAAAUCGUGCAGUAUCUACUGGAACUCAAGCCACCUCCAAAUGUCAACAUCAAAGAUGAUAACAAUUGGACGCCGUUGCACAUUGCAUCCUCGGUGGGCCAGGAAGAGAUUGUGACCGCCCUUAUAAGUCAAGGGGCAGAGGUCAAUGUCGCUAACAAGACGGGCCAGACGCCACUGCAUUACGCUGCAUCCAGAGAUCGGCAACGAAUAGCAGAGAUUUUGUUGGAGCACGGUGCUGAUGUCAACAUUGGAGACCAGACCAGAGCGACCCCCAUGCAUCGGGCCGCCUCCAAGGGUAAUCUCGAGAUAGUCAAGCUCCUCCUCAACUACAACUGCAGGCUGGACGUACAAGACUGCGUUGGAAACACACCACUACACUUGGCAUGCGAAGAGGAAAGAUCGGAGGAAGCCACAUUGCUAGUACAGCACGGGGCUCCGCUGCACAUUCAAAACAAGGAGGAAAAGACACCCUUGGACCUGGCACCAAUUGGACUAGCGAGGGCGCUUUCAAGUCUCAAAGACUGAAGGUUUUUCUAUACGGAGAUGCAUAAUGUGUAUGUCAUACGUACAGCCGAUUCAGUAUUAUUGCAUCGGUGUGUCAGUGCUAUGGACUCAAGAUCACGCCUCCAUGAAACAAGAGGCCACGCCCACCCACCUGGGCUUGACUCUGUGCCCUACUUGAUGUCAGAGCUGCCGUGUAUUGAAAAAAAAAACAAUUGUUUUUUUAACCUCUUCGUCUGAAUGGCCUUCACUCAACCCGAGAAACUUUCUUUGAUUUGCUGGCAGUGGGAAAUUCUUCCAGUUUACAAUAGCAGAAUGAUACAUCUCCCAAAAUGUUUGUUGUAUCAGACUUUGUGUAGUGCCAGCCUCAGGUCGACCUACGAUUUGCUUGCCCCACAAUGGAACCAUCGGCAUCAACCUCAAACGUCAUGCUCAGGUCGCAAAAGUGAGGAAUCGUGUGAUUGUUGUGGAUCAAUUAGGUUCACAACUUGGAUGAUCCAGAUAUGCACACGCGACAUCGUAACUUUACAAAGGUCGACUGCGAUUGGUUCCAGCCCGUCGGGAACACGUUCCAUCGCAGCGCAGAAGUUGAAAUUGUUUCUACUCUUACGGCUGGUGAUUCUUGGAUGCCCAAUCGAACAUUGUUGCAGUAACACUCAGAUCGCAAAAAUUUUGGCAACUGAAAUGUUCCUGACGGUCGUAGCUCAGGCACAGCUUGAUCCUGAGAAGGCAGUCGUCGACUGAUCUGUGUCGUCGCCAGGUCGACCUGAGGCCGGCUUAAGUAGAGCACUUGUCUGGAUUUCACGAAACUUGACAUAGCUGUGCAACAACUUCAGAAAUACAUUGGACGAGGAGAAACACAGUGGUUGUGUUGUGUACGACUUAUAUUUCAGUCACAAACAGUCAUAUACAGUUGUUGUACCUCCACCCACCAUUUUGAAUAAAAAUGUCUGACUUUCUUUGGAAUCAGGUGGGAAAUUGAAAAAUGCUGUCAAAGGUGAAAUAUCAAUUAAUUUACUUAAAAAUCAAAAGCUUGAUAAGUUGAGCAAUGAUAUGCUCCACGACGAUCACAGUUAGUCCGUAAAAUAGUUCAUUUUCAGUCACUGCGCCAUGACUUUCGCCACCUAAAAUGAUUGCGUAAGUUAAAGCCAUAAUUUGUUGCACAAGUCACAAACUUUCGCACUGUGAAGCUUUUUGUGAAGUGUGUCAUAUAAACUGAAUUGUGCAACGUGAAAUAUUAUGCGACUUGUGCAAUCACAUGUGGCUUACAUGUAAGCGGAGAUACGCCAUUGCGUAAAGUUUCGCGAAAUUGUCUGCUGACUUGAGCAGUUUUGUGGUAAUGAGGGUUUAAUAAUUAAAUGUCACCAAACAUUUACAGCUGAUCAAUAAUAAAACAGAGAAGACACAUUUACAC